UUCAACUUUCAAUGCUGGGUUUUUGUUCAACCAUUUUUCAGUGGUUAAAUCACAGUGAUCAAAAUAAAACCUCUAGAUGUGUAUAUAUAUGCUUUAUGUGAUUGUGAAGUAAAAAUUUGAUCUUGGGUUUGUUAUGGAUUUGGGUAUGUUUUACGAGGACAGAUGAAUUUGGAUAUGCCAAAGUUUUUCAUUUAAAUUUUUAAUUUCAUAGAUUUCUAUCCUCUUCUAAUGUUUAACUCCGAGCAAAGGUUGCAUUGUCUUGUGGCAAAGACUGAUGGAGUUUUUGUCUCAAGGAAUGCUAAAAUUAGUUGUCAAAAGUUGCCAAGUAAUCAGUAACGUUUGUGUCCUGCAAAUAGUCAACCAUGGAGGAGAGUCCUAUUAGGGUUGUAGGCUGUAUGUAUGCAAGCAAUACAAAUUCAUGGGUAAAAAGAGAAGAAAACUCAUAUAAUCAUGGGAUUAAAGUCAAUGAUGUUCAGAUUAUUGAGUCAGAGAGGGGCGUUGUUGCUGCUGAUGAUGGCCGUUGUUCUGAAGUUGGAGCAUCAGUGCUUAGGCAGGGUGGCCAUGCUGUUGAUGCUGCAGUUGCAACAGCUUUGUGCCUUGGAGUUGUUAGUCCAAUGGCAAGUGGGAUCGGAGGAGGGGGAUUCAUGAUUGUCCGGUCUUCAUCAACAUCGCAAACUGAAGCUUAUGACUUGAGGGAAACUGCUCCUUUGGCCGCUUCAGAGAAUAUGUACGACGACAAUCCUAAUGCCAGGUUAGAAGGUCCACUGUCAAUUGGAGUUCCUGGUGAGAUAGCUGGCCUCCGUGAAGCCUGGUUGAACCAUGGGCGUUUUCCAUGGAGGAGUUUAUUCCAACCUGCAAUAAAACUUGCUAAAGAUGGAUUUGUAAUUGCUCCUUAUUUUGGAGCAUCCAUAACUAGGAAUUCAAAGAAGAUUAUGAAUGAUCCUGGUUUAAGACAAGUGUUUGCUCCAAAGGGAAAGUUGUUACAGGUAGGUGAAACAUGCUACAAUGUGGAGCUUGGCCGUACCUUGGAGGAACUGGCAGAAUUGGGGCCACAAGCCUUCUAUAAUGGUACCAUUGGGGAGAAACUCGUUAAGGAUGUGAGAGAGGCUGGUGGGAUUUUGACAAUGGAGGAUUUAAAGAAUUACAGAGUGGAAGUUACGGAUGCAAUAGCUGCAGAUACAAUGGGCUACACUAUAUAUGGAAUGCCACCUCCUUCAAGUGGAACUCUGGGACUUUCACUGGUUCUGAACAUUUUGGAGAGUUAUGGAAGUCCUGAUGCUGCAAAGGGAAGUCUUGGUCUGCAUCGGCUGAUUGAAGCAUUGAAACACAUGUUAUCUGUCCGAAUGAAUUUGGGCGACCCUGAUUUUGUGAAUAUAAGUACGUUUGCAUCUGAGAUGCUUUCCUCAGAUUUUGCAAAACAAGUUCGUGAAAAGAUAUUUGACAACACCACUUUCCCUCCUGACUACUAUUUGAGCAGGUGGAGUCAGCUAAGAGAUCAUGGAACCAGCCAUUUCUGCAUUGUAGAUAUGGAUCGAAAUGCUGUAUCAAUGACAACAACUGUAAAUUAUCAUUUUGGAGCAGGGCUGCUCUCUCCUUCUACUGGCAUUGUGCUCAACAAUGAAAUGGGUGACUUCUCAAUUCCCACAGAGGAAACAGUUGACGGUUUACCUCCUGCUCCUGGAAAUUUUAUCAGACCAAACAAACGACCUUUAUCCUCCAUGACCCCAAUAAUUAUCACAAAGGAUAAUCAGUUGGCUGGGGUCAUUGGUGGUAGUGGUGGUACAAACAUAAUCCCAGCGGUUGUCCAGGUUUUCCUUAAUCAUUUCGUCUUGGGGAUGGACCCUUUAGCUGCGGUUCAGAAUCCAAGAAUCUACCACAAGCUAAUUCCUAAUGUGGUUUUGUAUGAAAACUACACGGUGAUUAAUGGGAAUCACAUUGAGCUUCCAGAGGAAACAAGGCUUUUCUUGCAAGAGAGGGGUCAUCAACUAAAGGGUCAGAAAGGAGGAGCUGUUACUCAGCUUGUUGUUCAAAAUCUUGAAAAACCCAUUGAAAUGGGCAGGAAAAAUGGGAAAGUUUCUAAUGCACAAAUAUUUCAUGGUACACUUAUUGCCGUAAGUGACCUUAGAAAGAAUGGCAGACCUGCUGCCAUAUGAUAUAUGCUAAAUUUUCAAGGUCCUGAAGAGAAAGAUCUUUGGCUGGAUCUGUUAUGGAUCUUGUUGUUCUGAAGUGUUUUACAUAUGUGUUAGAUAUUCUGUAUGUAUAUGUCAAUUCAUUAGAGUUUGUGACCUGUUAAUAGUAUUCUGUGUUUUAUCCAUAAAAAGAGAUCUCAUUUCCAUUA